GGCAUCAUUAAAACAGAGUCUAGCAAAGAGGAGGAGGAGGAGGAAGAGGAGAGAAAGAGUGAGAGAGAGACAGAGAGAGGGAGAGAGAAGACAGAAUAAGGGAGGAGAGGGAGAAGAGAACAACGCUCUUCUCUCACAAGCAGCGCACUGCAUCCCUCAAGGGAAGAGAGAGAGAGAAAGAGAGAGAGAGAGAAAGAGGAAGCGAAAUGUGGACUUCUUUUAACCGGUGUGAGUGCAGCUCCGACUGAGCUUUCAGUGAGAGGACAGGAGGACAGGCGAAAGAGAGAGAGAGAGAUAAAGAGAGAGACGCAGAGAGGGAGGGAGGCAGCGAGCGUAGCGUAGUUUUAAUCCCCCUGGCAUGCGAGAGCAGCCCUUACUGGGUGCUGUGUGUCGCUGUGCGCGCGCGGGACAGGGGGGAGCUGGCCGGGUCGCGGCUGUGACUGUGACUGGAGCUCUGACUGGGGCUGUGACAGGGGCUGUGACUGGGGCUGUGACUGGGGCUGUGACUGGGAUGCGCUGCGGCUGACCUGAGCCAGACAGGAAGAGCGUUUCAGCAUGCUGGGGAAGGACUACAUGCUCGCCAUCAUCAUCGUCAACUAUGACGAUAAUAUCUGGAGCGACCAGAACCUGGACCCGGACUCCGACCUGCCCCCGGGCUGGCGCACGAUCCGGGACAGCACCGGGACGUACUACUGGCACGUUCCCACGGGAACCACCCAGUGGCAACACCCCUCCUACAGCUCCGAGGAGGCCCACAGCGGCAUCAGCGGCAUUACCGCCGACGACCUCAAGAGCCUCGGUGUGGAUGGGCGAAGGCGAUCCCGGGGCAGGGAAAUUGAGAGUCCGCUGGCUUCUGUAAAUAACAGGAGGCCUCUGUCCUGGCAGGACGACUACUUCUCCUCCAACUCAGAUCCGGACUCCAAGUGCUUUGCCGUACGCUCCCUGGGCUGGGUGGAGAUUCCCGAGGAGGACCUGGUCCCGGGGAAGAGCAGCAUCGCUGUCAACAACUGCAUCCAGCAGCUGUCCCACAGCAAGUGUGAAGGGCGGGACGAUGUGGGGGCCUGGGGGCAGGGUCAGGACAUGGUGAUGAUUCUGAAGAAGGACACCCUCAGCCUGGUGGACCCCAUCGACCAGAGCCUGAUCCACUGCCAGCCAAUCGCCAACAUCCGGGUCUGGGGCGUGGGCUGCAACAAUGGAAGAGACUUCGCCUUCGUGGCGAGCGACAAAGACACGUGCAUGCUGAAGUGUCACGUGUUCCGCUGCGACGUCCCGGCCAAAGCCAUCGCCGCCGCGCUGCACCAGAUGUGCUCCAAGAUAAUGGCGGAGAGGGCUGCCAUGCACCCCACCAUGACACGCUCUUUGACAGCUGAGGGCAUCUCACCUGAAGACUUACCACGGCAAGUGGGUUUCCUGGAUGCGGUGCGACAGAGGGUGCAGAAGUUCUCGGUGCAGUACAUCGGAAACCUGCCCGUCCCUCGGGCUAUGGGUAUGGAGGUGCUGAACAGGGCCAUCGAAAGCAUCAUGAAUGCGCGGGACAGAGAUGAGUGGGAGCCCAUCGCCAUCCACGUGUCGGACACCCUGCUGUCGCUGUGGAGGGGACAGGACGGGGAGGACCCUUUCUGGGAGUUUCAGGUGCGUUACCUGACCUUCCUGGGCGUCGGCCACGACACGCACACCUUCGCCGUCAUCGUGGACUCCGGGAAGCAGCAGUUCGAGUGCCACGCCUUCUGGUGCGAGCCGGACGCCGGGAACGUCUCGGAGGCGGUGCAGGCGGCCUGCAUGGUGCAGUACCAGAAGUGCUUGGUAGCCCAGACACCGCCCGUCAAGUCCAAAAUGCUGCGGGCCGGAGCCAAGGUGAAACGGACCGCCUCCAUGGACAUCUCCCCCUUUCAUCACCCCCGUCACCAUGGCAACUCCUCCCCCAAAUUUGGAACGUCCAGCGUGAAGAAGGGCAUGAUGGCUUUCUUCGACACCUUCCGGAACAAACAGACGGCAGUGUCCAUGCCCUAGGGCCUGGUGAGGAGGGGAAGCGGGGAGGAGCAGGGUCUGUAGUUGGGCGGUAAGGGGGGGGGGGUGUGUGGGGUGGAGGGAGAGAAAGAGAAAGAGAGAGAUACAAAGAGACAAAACCAGCUUUUCAAUUCAAGUCCUGGGGGUUGUUGGUUUUUUUUUUCCCGGCUUGAUGGGUGACAGUAAUCACAGAAAACAUAACCUUCUGGGAUAAGUGUAAUUUUAAGCAACGCUGCAAUUAUACAGUAUUUGUAGUCAUGUACAUAUCCAAAUGGGGGUUUCGUCCGAGGUACAGUUUUUACACGAGAAUCGAGGUGCUGUUCUGCCACAUUCCAUGCCUCUAUGACGAGACUCUGAGCCACACACAGAGUCUUUUAAUAUCGGAUUACCAUAGAACAUGAAAGGGAACAGGUCGGAUGAAAUGAGGAAAUCAACGGCGGUGUCUGUGAGCGAAACGGGAACCUGUAAAGGACAUGGACACAUCUGCGCAAAUCAAUGAGUCGACAAACUAAAAAAAAACCAUUUAAAAUCAACUCCUGACCAAUGAAGAACAAACAAACUGACCCCUCCCCCCCCACAUCUCAAACUACAUUUCCAUUAUAUACUGGGUACGUGCAGUGUUAACACUGAUGCUCUCAACUUCCGGGGAGUCUGUACCUGUGAAUGGUUGUGUAAACCUUUCAGCUGCCCAGGCUGAUAACUAAAGAAAAGGGGAUUAGGUUUCAGUCUUUUUUCUCCGCACAGAACAGUAGCUGUGAAAAAGGCUUAAUAGAAUAACCCGUAGUGCUCGCGCAGACUCGGCCUCCUCAUAUCCAUUAAGCCUCGAGCCGAACAACGUCUAAUGGCACAUUACUUCAUUACAGCUGACCUCUGAGUGCUCAUCCUAAAUCAAAUGGGCACGCCAGCCCCCCACAUGCUGCGUGUCGCGUCGCUGUUAAAUACGAUGUGAGAUACACCCAAUGUCACUGCUGGGUCUGUCUUAAGCAGCUGCCCAGCAGUGGACAAAAAGACCUUUAAGCUUUUCGCUGCUCUGACAGGAGGACCUUGGUUUGUGUCAGACAGGGCUAUGUGACUGUCCCGGGAUUACACCUAGGGCAGGUGUGCACACCAGCAGGAAUUUGACCCACUAAGAUGAAGUGCAAACUCCCACUUUUCAGGCAAAAGAGAAGGGGAAAAAAAAUAAAAAGCAGGUGGUAUAUUCUACCUGCUAAAAUGGGAGGGGAAACUCCCACUUCUCAGCCAAUGGAGAAGGAAAAAAAAAAUGCAGGUGGUGCAUUUGACCCACUUAAAUGGAGUGCAAACUCCUACUCAUCAGCCAACAAAGAAGAUGAAGAAAAAAAUUUCUAAAUACAAACUUAACUGAGGAGCAUGUAACGCGAGAAACUAAAAUAAGCUGAGUAAGGUUAAAAGCAUCUCCUUUUAUAGCUGGCCGUCCUUAUACUCGCUUCCCAGCACCACUGCUUGCCUGCCCCAGUCCCAGAAUGCAACGCUCGUUUGGAUGCUUUUUUCGACGCAAAUUCAAAAGACCGUGUCACUCCCUGCUCAGAGUUUAGCCAAAAAAAUAAAAAAUAACAAUAUGAAUAAUAACAAUAUAAAUUCACAAAGAUAAGAUACAAUUGAAAAUAUGAUUGUGGAUUAUUGCUGCUAUUAUUCUUAUGAAGACACGUUCUGGCACUUAUAUAUAAAAAAAAAAUAAAAAUAAAUUAAAAAAAAAACAGUGAUACUUUUUGAUGGGGGGGAUUGUUCUAUCUGGGGUACCAGGAGAGAAUGCAUGUGGCUUUCCCUUAUUUAUUUAGGAUUCUACAUGUAUGCUGUGACAUGUACGCACACGUGUAUGUGGAAGACGUGCGUGUCAUCCGAGCAUGACUGGGAAUGGCGCUUAGGCAAGGAAAUGCCACUCUUCAGGAAGUGACUCGUUUCAUGUAGCUCCUCCCCUUAUUCUAAUCAUGCAUUGCUGUAUAAGACAAAUCAACUCAGGUCUCCUUGCUAUUGAAGAUUAAACAAAACAAAAAAGGAUGGGAAAGGACUGUAUUCGCGCAUGUAAUAACAUGUAUAUCAAUGCCUAGCUGAAGAGAAUUGGUUUGAAACGCUGUCAUAAACGAUUCAUGUAGAAAUGUAUGUGUUCUUUGCUAUUUAUACCAAUAGUGGAACUCUAUAUUUGCAGUAAAUUAGCACAAAGGGUAGUAAGAUGUCAUGUAAAUGCAGCUGAUCUUUUUUAUCGUAAUAAUAACACACAGUUACGCUGGAUCGAAGUUGUGGUCUUUACUGGAUCAAUAAAACUGUGAAUUGCUUGGGAA